AUGAAUAUUUUUUCUUGGAAUGUUAGGGGGCUCAAUGAGGAAACUCGUCGAGCACUUCAUGAUCACUGUAAGAGAUUUCAUCCGAUUCUUAUGGGCAUUUAUGAACCUAAGAAUGUUUUUUCCAAAAUUCUUGUUGCAUUUUGGAACUCUAUCGGUCUUUCUCCGAUUUUUCAAAAUUUCCGGCCAGGUCGAAGCUCAAAUAUCUGGGUUUGUGCGGCGCCGAAUGUUGCUGCUUCUUUGGUUUUUGCUUCCAGUCAAACUAUCAUUGUGGAUUGCACUUGGAAGAACAUAUCUUUCCGGGCGGCUUUUAUUCAUGGAGAGAACAUGCACACUGAACGGCGCCAUUUGUGGAUUGAUUUGUUGAAUAAUAUGGUGGAGAAAAUGAUUAUUAUAGGAGAUUUUAAUGCAGUUAAAGGUGCUCAUGAAAGAAAGAGCACUUGUCUGCCUAACGGUACUUCGUGCAGGGAGUUUGGAGAUUUUAUUGCUGCUUCGGGGCUAAUCGAAGCCAACACUACGGGGCUUUUUUUUACGUGGUGUGGUAGACGCAAUCUGCCGUCUCAUGUAGAAUCCGUUUUGGACCGUGGUUUGUUCACUUCGGAUUUUGCUAACUUGUGGGAUUCUCUUAAUAUUCAUGUUAUGCCAAGGUUUUCUUCUGACCACUCGCCUCUCAUUCUCCAAUGUAUGGAGAGAGCUAUUGUGAACAGGAAGCCCUUUAAAUUCCUCAAUAUGUGGUUGACUCAUCAGGAUUUUCGGGAGUUUGUGAAAGUGUCUUGGCACGCGAAUAUUAACAUUACUUGUCCUCUUCUGAAGGUUAUGGUGAAGUUAAAAAGGUUGCGCUCGAGUCUUAAAGGUUGGAACAAAGAGGUUUUUGGGCAUGUGGACGUGGAUAUUAAUCAGCUUCAGAGUGAUUUGGAGAGGAUUCAAAAAAAUAUUUCGACUGAUGGGUAUUCGGACACUCUCUUUGAUGCAGAAGUUGAGGCUCAAGCUCGUUUGAGUACGACGCUGCUGCGCAAAGACUUAUUACUGAAACAGAAGAGUAGGAUUCGUUGGUUAAAUGACGGGGACAGAAACACGAGUUUCUUCCACAACUCGAUCAAAGCUCGAAGAAAGCAGCUCAUUAUUCCUCAAUUAAAAAUUGAUGGGAUGGAUUCUUUUGAUCAAGAUGAGAUUGCCGCGCACAUUGUUCGUUAUUUUUCCAAUCUGUUUGCCGAUUCGACUGGUAGUGCGGUCACGAUUGAUGAUGUGAGACAUUUGGUGAAUAAGUCAGUCUCUCAGGUGCAAAAUACUCUUCUCACUUGUAUUCCGCUGGAUGAUGAAAUUAAGGCCGUGGUCUUUGAUUUGGGGGGUGAUAGUGCAGCCGGCCCUGAUGGCUUCACUGGAGUCUUCUUUCAACAUUGCUGGGAGAUCAUCAAAGCGGACAUUUUCUUCGCUGUUAGAACGUUCUUUAACAAGAACUAUCUUCCUCAUGGCCUUAAUUCCAACACGUUGAUUCUUAUACCCAAAAAAGAGGUAGUCGAAACGGUGGCGGACUUAAGACCUAUUGUCCUAUCCAACUUUUUCUUUAAAAUCCUCUCUAAGAUUCUGGCAACUAGACUCAGUGCGGUGGCGGCUGAAUGUGUUUCACCAAAUCAAUUUGGUUUUAUUCGUGGUCGCUUGAUUCAUGACUGCAUUAUGCUCGGCUCGGAAGGUAUUAACUGCAUGAAUCGUUCAUGCAAAGGCAGGAAUAUGGCUUGUAAAGUGGAUAUUAAAAAGUCCUUCGAUACGCUGAACUGGCGUUUUAUCCGGUGUGCUAUGGAGGCUAUGGGUUUUGACCAGCGUUUUCUGGAUUGGCUGUCUACUAUCUUUGGGUCUGCCCGCCUCUCUAUCCUGUACAACGGGCAACUUUUUGGUUACUUCGCCUGCUCUCGUGGGGUAAGACAAGGAGACCCUCUUUCGCCUAUUAUAUUCGGCAUAGCUGAAGAUGUUCUUAGCUGUAUGUUUCUCAAGGCGGUCGAAGAUAAUUGCUUAACGCCGAUGAAAAUGAGCCGUGCGAGCGUUUUCCCUUCUCACUUGUUAUAUGCGGAUGACAUUCUUUUGUUUUGCAAGGCUACAACUAAAAAUGCUAGAAUGAUUCGUAACAUUUUGCAGAGAUAUGGGGAGCUUUCGGGACAAGUUUGCAGCCAGGAAAAGUCGCAUAUCUUUUACGCUAAAGGAGUUCCGUUAAGCUACCAAAGACAGAUUGGCAGGAUUCUUCACUUUCGUGUGGGACAAUUGCCUUUUAUUUAUUUGGGAGCCCCUUUGUUUGUUGGAAGGCCUAAGGCGAUUCAUCUCGCCGCUAUAAAGGAUAGGAUUAUUAACAAGUUCUCGCGUUGGAAAGGCUCCCAAGUCUCUAUUGCUGGGCGUAUUUGCCUCGUCCGUUCUGUUAUUCAGAGCUCUAUAGUGCAUACGAUGAUGCUCUAUAAAUGGCCUAGCUCUCUUCUCAAGGAGCUAGAUAGAUCUUGCAGAAAUUUCAUUUGGAUGGGUAACAUUAACAAAAAGCCGUCUUGUGCUGUUAGUUGGGAGCGUGUUUGUGCAAUUAAAGAGGAAGGAGGUCUUGGGAUUCGAUCGUUUCACAUGAUGAAUGAUUCUUUCCUUAUGAAACUUGCUUGGAAAGUGAUUGUGGGAAGCCAGUUUGGGUUCGAUCUGAUGAAGAACAAAUAUCUGAAUGACGUGGCUAGGCCACGGUCGGAUUUCUUAACAUCCUCGGUUUGGGUUGGAAUAAGGCGUAUCAUACCUGACCUCAUUAAUGACUCCUACUGCUUGCUUAGAAAAGGCUCGUCGGUGUACUUCUGGCAUGACGACUGGCUCGGCUACAGCAUUGCCGAUAAGAUUAAUUUGCUGAAUUUUAUGCGCUCAAGAUUAAAUCAAACGGUGGACAAUUAUUUUUAUGACGGAGUCUGGCACUUUUCGCAAGAUUUUAUCGAAAAGUUCCCUUACAUUGUUUGCGAUAUUUUACUCCUGCCUAUUGGUGAUGAGGAGGAUGUCAGAUUAUGGAAACCUUCGGUGCAUGGGGAAGUUACGUCUGCUCUUGCUUUUGAUUCUAAUUGUCACCGUUUCCCUUGUGUUUCGUGGGGUCGUUGGCUGUGGGAAAGCUACAUUCCUGUUCGACGUUCCAUCACUUGUUGGAGAGUUAUUCUAAACCGGUUGCCUACUCGGGAUAAACUCAUUCGACAAGGUCUGGUUUCUCCCAACUAUUGCUCCCUUUGUUUUCAGGAGGCUGAAGAUAUGAGUCAUGUUUUUUGGUCGUGCAACAAAGUUCAACCUGUCUGGACGAAGUUCCUGGGCUGGUUCAAUCAGAUGGAGGGGAGAAACUGUAUUGACAUUCAUAGCUUUCUCAUCUUUUCUUGGUCUAUAAAGUGGAGCUCACAAAUUAAUGUGUUAUGGAAACUUGGAAUUGUUUCGGUGAUCUGGGCGAUCUGGAAUGCGCGGAAUAAAAGCCAUUUUGAUGGUGUUGAUUUCCAGAGCCGUGCUAUUCUUAGCUUUAUCAAGUCGACGUUUUUGGAAGUGGAUACCUCUUUUUCCAAACUGGGUUGUAUUAACAACACGUGGGCGGACUACUUAAUUAUUCGAAAGUUGGGUGUUAAAGUUCAUCAACGGCCGCCGCCGGAGUUCACUUCGGUGUUUUGGUCGUCGCCUGCGUUUGCUUGGAUUAAAGCAAAUACGGAUGGCUCGGCGGUUGGAACGCCAGGUCGUAUUUGUGCAGGGGGAGUUUUCAGAGAUUGGCGAGGCUUUGUAAGGGGCUGUUUCCAUGUGGAAGGAGGUACGGGCUACGCUUUUGAGGCGGAGCUUUUAGGUAUUAUUACUGCUAUCAAUUUUGCUCAUCAUUGCGGCUGGACCAAAAUUUGGUUUGAAGUGGAUUCGGCAUACGUGGUGAACACUCUCUCAACUAAAUCAAGCAAAGUUCCUUGGAGAUUUCAAGCUACGUGGAAAAGAGCUCUUUCGUUUCUUGAGCAUAUGGAUUUUAGAAUAACUCAUAUUUUUAUAGAAGGGAAUGUUCCUGCGGACAUUAUGGCCAGCCCUCACACUCCCGAGGGACGAUGGACUCACAACAUUUCGCUGAUUCAUGAUGCUGUUAUUAGGGAUCUUUCGGUGCAUAGCUAUGUACGGCAAAAAUAA